AGCACUGCACUGAACUGUUAAAGGUAAACUAUGACCACUUUACUAUUAGUGUUUGUGUGUUUGCAAGUCAUCACUGCAGCCAACUUUGUGGAGCUCUCAGACAGUAGUGAUGGCCUGGAAGUCAAGAUACCUGAGCAGUCCCCUCUGCGUGUUGUCCUGGGAAGCUCCCUGAACAUCCCUUGUUACUUCAACAUCCCGGAGGAACAGGACACCAGUGUUAUGCUGAACCCACGGAUCAAAUGGAGCAAGCUCUCAAAUGGGACUGAAGUUGUCUUGCUAGUGGCCACUGGUGGGAGAAUCAGGCUCAACUCUGAGUACAGGGAGGCGAUUUCCUUGCCCAACUACCCCGCCAUCCCCACCGAUGCCACUCUGGAGAUCAAGGCCCUGAGAUCCAACCACACUGGGAUUUACCGCUGUGAAGUGAUGUACGGGAUUGAGGACAGACAAGACACAAUAGAGGUCCUAGUGAAAGGCAUUGUAUUCCACUACAGAGCAAUCUCCACAAGGUACACCUUGAACUUUGAGAAGGCAAAGCAGGCCUGCAUCCAGAACAGUGCUGUUAUUGCCACUCCUGAGCAGCUGCAGGCUGCCUACGAGGAUGGGUACGAGCAGUGUGAUGCUGGCUGGCUGGCUGAUCAGACUGUCAGGUACCCCAUCCACUGGCCCCGGGAGCGCUGCUAUGGUGACAAGGAUGAAUUUCCAGGAGUGAGGACCUACGGUGUCCGUGAGCCAGAUGAAACUUAUGAUGUUUACUGCUAUGCAGAGCAAAUGCAAGGGAAAGUCUUCUAUGCCACUGCCCCGGAGAAGUUCACCUUCCAGGAAGCCUUUGAGAAAUGCCGCAGUCUGGGGGCGCGUUUGGCCACCACAGGGGAGCUGUACCUGGCCUGGAAGGAUGGCAUGGACAUGUGCAGCGCGGGCUGGCUGGCCGACCGCAGCGUCCGCUACCCCAUCUCCAGGGCACGGCCCAACUGCGGGGGGAACCUGGUGGGCGUGAGGACCGUGUACCUGUACGUCAACCAGACGGGGUACCCACACCCCGACUCCCGCUACGACGCCAUCUGCUACAGCGGGGACGACGUUGAGACCCUGAUCCCAGGGCAGUUCAUCGACGAGACAGGGAGCGAGCUGGGCAGCGCUUUCACUGUCCAGACUGUCACCCAGACCGAGGUGGAGCUGCCCCUGUCACAUAAUGCCACGGAGGAGGAGGCCCGUGGCAGCAUCGCCACCCUGGAGCCCAUUGAGAUCACACCCACCGCCACCGAGCUGUACGAGGGCUUCACUGUCCUGCCCGAUCUCUUCACCACCAGUGUCACAGCAGAGACAGCUGCCACAGAGGAGGAAAAUGUGACCAGGAGGGAUGUCUCAGCAGUGUGGACUGUGCCUGAAGAGGUCACCACCAUAGACUCAGGCGCUGCCAUCACCACCAUAGCCUUAGGCACUGCUGUCACCACCGAAACAGCAGAGGUGAGCUCAGUGGAAGAGAUUGUGGGGGUGACUGCCACCCCAGAACUGGAGUCUGCCUCAGUGUUCACAGUGGAAGAUCAACUGGUGCGAGUGACAGCAGCCCCUGGUGCCGGUCACCUCCCUGAGCAGCCCAUCUCCCCCACGGGUGUGGUGUUUCACUACCGCUCUGCCACCAGCAGAUAUGCCUUCUCCUUCAUCCAAGCCCAGCAGGCCUGUCUGGAGAACGGCGCAGUGAUCGCCACUCCCCAGCAGCUCCAGGCUGCCUACGAGGCUGGCUUUGACCAGUGUGACGCUGGCUGGCUGCGGGACCAGACAGUCAGGUAUCCCAUUGUAAAUCCCCGAAAUAACUGUGUAGGAGACAAAGAGAACUCUCCGGGCGUGCGGUCGUACGGCAUGCGCCCGGCCUCGGAGACCUACGACGUGUACUGCUACAUCGACAGGCUCAAGGGUGAGGUGUUCUUCGCAACCCAGCCAGAGCAGUUCACCUUCCCAGAGGCCCAGCGGUACUGCGAGAGCCAAAACGCCACGCUGGCCUCUGUUGGCCAGCUCCAUGCCGCCUGGAGGCAGGGCCUGGACAGGUGCUACGCGGGCUGGUUGGCUGACGGCAGCCUCCGCUACCCCAUCGUGAGCCCCCGCCCCACCUGCGGCGGGGACGCGCCAGGCGUCAGAACCGUCUACCAGCACCACAACCAGACGGGCUUCCCUGACCCGCUGUCCCGGCACCACGCCUUCUGCUUCAGAGCUCUGCUUCCUGAGGAGGAGGAAGGGAUCACCCCAUUCUUCGAAGAUGUGCUGGCAACACAAGUGAUCCCUGGCGUGGAGGGGGUACCCUCUGGGGAGGAGGUGACCGUGGAGACAGAGUUUGCCACUCAACCUGAGAAUCAGACAGCCUGGGGGACAGAGGUCUUUCCAACCGAUGUGUCACAGCUCUCAGUGAGUCCAUCUGCUUUUCCUCCAGCUACCAUAAUACCAGAGGAAACAAGUACCAAUGCUUCCAUCACUGAAGUGUCAGGGCAGGUGAUUGAAUCUGGAGAAAAUCAAGUCAGCGGUGAAUCUUCGGCAUCCGGGUGGGUGUCUGGAGUCCCAGACGCAAGUGGAGAACCAACUUCUGGAGUUUUUGAACUUAGUGGAGAACACUCAGGGAUCGGAGAGAGUGGAUUACCAUCAGUAGACCUGCACACCAGUGGCUUCCUACCUGGAGAGAGUGGGUUGCCCUCAGGAGACCUGAGUGGUGUGGCUUCUGGUGUUGUUGAUAUCAGUGGCCUGCCCUCUGCAGAGGACGAGGUAUCAGUGUCUACUUCAAGGAUACCAGAAAUUAGGGGGAUGCCAACAGAAGUGGAAAGCAGUGGGCUGCCUUUUGGAGCUAGUGGAGAAAUCUCUGGCACUGAGCUAGUCAGUGGCACGUCAUCUGGAGAGGAAAGUGGACUCGCCUCUGGUUUUCCUACCAUUUCCCUUGUGGACACCACACUGGUGGAAGUCGUGACAACAGUGCCAGAACGGCGAGAGGAGGGAAAAGGGUCCAUCGGAAUCAGCAGUGAAGGACAUCUGUCAGGGUUUCCAUCCUCUGAGUGGGACAGCAGUGGAGGAGUCCAAGGCUUGCCCUCAGGAUCUGAGCCCAGUGGGGAGCCCUCUGGAGCGCUGGAGCUCAGCGGGGAGCCCUCUGGGGUACCUGAUCUCAGUGGGCUGCCCUCUGGAGGGUCUGAGCUUAGUGGAUUGCCCUCAGGACUGGAUGUCAGCGGAGAAACACCUGGAACACAUGAGGUCAGUGGCCUGGUGGACCUCAGUGGCCUUACCUCUGGAAGUGGUGAGGCCUCCAGCAUUACCUUCGUGGAUGUCACUUUGGAGGAAGUGACAACAACCCCCUCGAUUACAGAAGCAGAAGCAAAAGAGAUUUUGGAAAUCAGUGGAUUGCCUUCAGGAGCUGAAGAUACAUCAGGCACAGUAUCUGGGAGUUUAGACAUCAGUGGUGAGCCCUCUGGGCAUGUAGACCUUGGUGGCAGUGUGUCCGGAGUGCUGGAGAUGAGUGGAUAUCCGAGUGGAGUGAUUGACAGCAGUGGAGAUGUCUCUGGAGUUGAUGUCACCAGUGGUCUGCUGUCUGGAGAGGAAAGUGGAUUCACUUCUGGCUUUCCCACAGUGUCUCUUGUGGAUACCACUUUGGUGGAAGUUGUAACACAGACAUCAGUUGCACAAGAGGCGGGAGAAGGACCCUCUGGGAUGAUAGAAAUCAGUGGAUUUCCUUCUGCAGACAGAGGACUAUCUGGAGAAGGGUCUGGAGCUGUUGAGACUAGUGGAUUUCCUUCAGGGACAGGAGGCUUCAGUGGAGAGCCAUCUGGAAUCCCAUACAUCAGUGGAGAAUUUUCUGGAGCCACAGAUCUAAGUGGACAGUCUUCAGCAGUGACUGAUAUAACUGGGGAGGUCUCGGGGCUUCCAGAAGUCACUUUAGUCACUUCUGAUUUAGUAGAAGUUGUGACAAGACCAACAGUAUCACAGGAACUGGGCGGGGAAACAGCUGUCACAUUUCCCUACGAUUUGGGGCCGAGUGGUGAAGCCUCUGCAUCUGGUGAACUAAGUGGGGAAACAUCUGCAUUGCCAGAAAGUGGCCUAGAAACAUCCACAGCUUAUGAAAUCAGCGGUGAAACAUCUGCAUUUCCUGAAACUAGUAUAGAAACAUCCACGACUCAUGAAAUUAGUGGGGAGACAUCUGCAUUUCCUGAAUUUAACAUAGAAACAUCAACCAUUCAAGAAAUCAGUGGGGAAACCUCUGCAUUUCCUGAAAUUUUCACAGAAACAUCCACAAUUCAAGAAGUAAGUGGGGAAACCUCUGCAUUUCCUGAAAGUAGCACAGAAACAUCCACAAUGCAAGAAAUCAGUGGGGAAACAUCUGCAUUUCCUGAAAUUAGAAUAGAAACAUCCACAAGUCAAGACAUCAGUGGGGAAGCAUCUGCAUUUCCUGAAAUUAGAAUAGAAACAUUCACAAGUCAAGAGGCCAGGGGUGAAAUAUCUGGCUAUCCUGAAAUUAGCAUAGAAACCUCAACAGUCCAUGAAAACAGUGGAGAAACAUCUGCAUUUCCUGAAAUCAGCAUAGAAACUUCCACAGUGCAUGAAAUUAGUGGAGAAAGUUCUGCAUUUCCUGAAAUUAGAAUAGAAACAUACACAAAUCAGGAAGCCAGGGGUGAAACAUCUGCCUACCCAGAAAUUAGCAUAGAAACUUCCACAGUCCAUGAAACUAGUGGGGAAACCUCUGCAUUUCCUGAAAUCAGCAUAGAAACUUCGACAGUCCAUGAAAUCAGUGGCGAAACAUCUGCAUUUCCUGAAAUUAGAAUAGAAACAUCCACCAGUCAAGAAGCCCGAGGUGAAGCAUCUGCAUUUCCUGAGAUUAGCAUAGAAACUUCUACAGUCCAUGAUAUCAGUGGGGAGACAUCUGCAUUCCCUGAGAUUAGCAUAGAAACACCAACAAGUCAAGAAGCCAGGGGUGAGACAUCUGCCUAUCCUGAAAUUUACAUAGAAACAUCCACAGUUCAAGAAGGAAGUGAGGAAACUUCUGCAUUUCCUGAAAUUAGAAUAGAAACACCCACAAGUCAAGAAGCCUGGGGUGAAACAUUUCCUGAGACUAGCAUAGAAACAUCCACAGUCCAUCAGACCAGUGGGGAAGCAUCUGCAUUGCCUGCUGCUAACAUCAAAACAGCUGCCACAUCUUUGGCCAGUGGGGAGCCCUUUGGUACUCCCGAGGAGGAGAUUACUGAUGCAACAUCUGGAGCUGUGACACACUCCAUAGCAGGCAUUUCAGGGGAAACCUCUGUCCCAGACUUUGUAAUUAGUACCAGGACUCCAGAUGCUGAAACAACACAGGGACCCAGGAACCCUGAAGAGGCUCAGCUUGAAAUAGAGCUUUCCCCUCCUGCGUUGUCAGGACAAGAGACGGAGACAGCUGCUGCUCCAGACAAUCCCCAUCUGUUGGCCACCACUACUGCUGCCCUGCCUCAAGCCUCACAAGAAGCAAUUGACGCAUUAGGACCCACUACAGAAGACACUGAUGAGUGCCACUCAACCCCCUGUCUGAACGGAGCCACCUGCGCUGAUGGCAUCGACUCUUUCAAAUGCUUAUGCCUUCCCAGCUACGGAGGGGACCUGUGUGAGAUCGACUUGGAAAACUGUGAGGAGGGCUGGACCAAGUUCCAGGGCCACUGCUACAGGCACUUUGAAGAGAGGGAGACUUGGAUGGAUGCAGAGACCAGAUGCCGACAACAUCAAGCCCACCUGAGCAGUAUCAUCACCCCAGAGGAACAAGAAUUUGUAAACAGUCAUGCACAGGACUACCAGUGGAUCGGCCUGAGUGACAGAGCUGUGGAGAAUGACUUCCGCUGGUCCGACGGGCACUCCCUGCAAUAUGAGAACUGGCGGCCCAACCAACCUGACAACUUCUUUUCGGCGGGGGAGGACUGCGUUGUGAUGAUCUGGCACGAGAAAGGCGAAUGGAAUGAUGUUCCCUGCAACUAUCACCUCCCUUUCACCUGCAAGAAAGGAACAGUGGCCUGUGGGGACCCCCCUGCGGUGGAGAACGCCAGGACCUUCGGUCGGAAGAAGGAACGCUAUGAAAUAAACUCCAUGGUGCGGUACCAGUGCAACCAGGGCUACAUCCAGCGCCACGUGCCCACCAUCCGGUGCCAGCCCAACGGGCAGUGGGAGGAGCCGCGGAUAUCCUGCCUAAACCCCUCCAGCUACCAGCGCAGGCUAUACAAGAGGAGCCCCAGGAGCCGGUCGAGAACCAGCGGCAGCGCCGUCCACAGACCCACCCAUUAGAGCGGGGCGAGAGACCGAGGGGAAACGCGCGAGAGAGAUUUUUAACGGAACAGAUAUAUUAACAGAGUCGAUUUCUUCUUCUUCUUGUUGCUUUUUUGUCAUAUAAGGGAAAAAAAUUAUAUUAAAGACAAACCCACCUUUGUGUAUAUAUAUAUAAAAAAAAAAAUUAAUGUUUUUCCAAGCACCAAAGCAAAACAAAUUAGAUCUCAGCAUUUUUACUAACCGUCCGGUUCCAAUUAUCUUCGUGCCUUUGGGGACAGGGAGGGGGGUGGGUCUGCA